AUGUUGUUCCCUCUCCAAACAUUAACCCUCAUCUCCGCCAUCUCAGCUGCGGUCUUGCAGCCCUUGCAGUCUAUAAACAACCCACUCUUGACCACAAACGGCUCCGAGAUCUUUUUGUUUUCCAAUGCAACGAAUGCAACCGCUUCAGUACCCGCCGAGCUCGGCACUGCUAUAGCGCGUUGCAGCGCCUCAAAGUACGGCUCCAAUUUGAAUGUGGCAAGCUGCCAGAACGCUUUCGAAAGCGUCCAGUCCGACGACCAUUAUUCCAGCUUCGGCCUGCGACAUCACGGGGCUCAUUACAACGGAGUCCUUCCUUUUAUGUGGCUUAGCGGUACAUAG